GUGGCCUCGCUGGCGUCAGAAAGCAGCCGGGGGCCGCGCCCCUCGCGGCUGCACUGGGCGAAGGCUUGCGCCGCACACGAGGUGCGCGAGAAGUCCCUGAAGCGCUGCGAGCGUCUUGCGGGCUCCCGGCACCAACUGUGGCCUUGGCUACGCAGCUGGCGGGCAGUGGCUGCGCAGAGGUCCUUCGCGCCGUCGCAGCAGCCUCCAGCGGAUGCAGGUGUCCCGGCCUCGGCGUCGGUGGCGGGAUCGAUCCUCUGCAGGUCGUGGGUGGAGCGUUCUCAGUGCUUAUCCCUGUCCGUCGCGUGGCUCUCAUGGCUCAGCCGUAUGGCAGACCUCCGGCGCGACAAGGAGCUCCAAACGGCGGAGGAAGCGGUGGAGAAAUUGUUCGCCAGCUGCCAGGAGCGCAUCGCCAUCGAGGUGUCGCGGCGGAGAGCCGUCAAGGACGCAGCGAUUCGCUCCAUGGCCUCCGCCUCCAACGAGAAUGCGCCUGUGGUGCGCGCGCUGCGCGCCUGGCAUGAACGGGUACCACGGAUGAAGCUGGAGAGAUGCGAAGAGCAGAGAAGACAGCUAAGCCAAAGAGCUCAGAAGCUGGCGAAUGCGGAGCUCCGCCUCUUGCAGCGCCGCACUCUUGCGCUGUCGCGGACCCGGUUGCGACUCUGCUUCGUAGCCUGGCGCCUGGCA